UGGAUAGGUUCGUCUCGACGAUCAUAAAGCAGUACCCCGACAUCGACUGCAUCUGCAUCUUGCUACCCCGUUUGCGGAAGCAUUCGAUGGCAAGCGGCGUAGGCUAUGCAGUCAUCCCGGGAGCGAUUUCCCUAUCGCCUGUUCAGCAAGCAGUCUCGGCUGUAUCGGGUGGCGUGAAAGUUAAGAGAGCGACGGAGAAGUACACAGAGUAUGAGGUGCCAUCCAUCUGCAUCAAUAUACGAGACGAAUUUAUCAAAAAACAAACUGACGACCCCUCCCUCGCUCAGUUCCUCGACCGUCAGCCUGUUUCUCAAUUACGAUCCGUCAACGUAGGAGUCUUUCGCGAAACAGACAACGCGGACCCUAAAAAGGUCUAUGGUGCGGGCAAGGAAGAAAUUUAUGUUACCAUAGCUCUAACAGGCCUUGACUCCGGAAAUGGCUGGUACAUCUUGAUCGAAAAAUCUUACGAUCGAUCGCCAUCGCAAACAUCUUGGAAUGACGCUUCGAUGAAAUUGAAGGCUGGCGACGCAGUGGUAUGGCGGGGAGACUUGUUAUAUCGACAUCCUCCUGGUGGAGGAGGAACAUUUAUGACGUUGGUUUAUGCAUAAGGCUGCAGGGGAGUUCUCCGCCCAGGAGGAAGGCUUUGAAUAGCAGUGUGCACCAGUUGCUCGAAGUGAUCA